ACACAAACCAAUACCCUUUUUUCUCUGUUUAUUUUCUAUGUUUUUACCUCAAAAAACUUGUACAGUAAUACAAAUAUUAAAACCAAAAGUUCACUAGAACUAGAAUCUUUCAUUUAUUUAACUACACUCUAUACAUACAUACAUACAAACAAACACACAAAUCCUGUAGUGAAUGCUUGUGUUCUUCUUGGGCAUCUUUCUUUUACUGAAGAUACACAAAUAAAGUGAACUUAUAAGUGUAAAGAAAAACACAAAAAGCUGAGGAUAUUGCUCUGUUUUUUCUUUCAGAUAGAUACUGUGUUCAAGAAUCUGGGGUUUGUUAAAAUGUUGAGGUCUAAUUUAAUGUUGGUGGUUAUAUUGUGUUUUUGUGUUUAUUUAUGUAAUGGGUCUGUUUCAUAUGACCAUAAAGCUAUUUCCAUUAAUGGCCAAAGAAAAAUUCUUAUUUCUGGAUCCAUUCAUUAUCCAAGAAGCACCCCUGAGAUGUGGCCAGAUCUUAUUCAGAAGGCAAAAGAAGGAGGGUUGGAUGUUAUUCAAACUUAUGUUUUUUGGAAUGGGCAUGAACCUCAACCCGGUCAAUAUUAUUUUGAAGAUAGGUAUGAUUUAGUGAAGUUCAUUAAGCUAAUUAAGCAAGCUGGACUCUAUGCCCAUCUCAGAAUUGGUCCUUAUGCUUGUGCUGAAUGGAACUUUGGGGGGUUUCCUGUUUGGCUAAAAUAUGUUCCAGGAAUUAGUUUCAGAACAGAUAAUGGUCCUUUUAAGGCUGCUAUGGAAAAGUUCACAAGGCACAUAGUGAAUAUGAUGAAAGCAAAUGGAUUAUAUGAGACUCAAGGUGGUCCAAUUAUUUUAUCUCAGAUUGAAAACGAAUAUGGACCGAUGGAAUAUGAACUUGGUGCACCUGCUCGAGCCUAUACGAAAUGGGCUGCUCAAAUGGCUGUGGGUCUAGGCACUGGUGUCCCAUGGGUCAUGUGCAAGCAAGAUGAUGCUCCUGACCCCGUUAUUAAUACUUGCAAUGGUUUUUACUGUGACUAUUUCUCUCCCAACAAAAAUUUCAAGCCGAAAAUGUGGACUGAAGCUUGGACAGGAUGGUUCACUGAGUUUGGAGGUGCGGUUCCUUAUAGACCAGCUGAAGACUUGGCAUAUUCAAUUGCUAAGUUUAUUCAGACUGGUGGAUCCUUUGUCAAUUACUAUAUGUAUCAUGGAGGAACUAACUUUGGACGUACUGCGGGUGGCCCAUUUAUUGCUACAAGCUAUGACUAUGAUGCUCCUCUUGAUGAAUAUGGACUAAAACGGGAAGCUAAGUGGGGGCAUCUGAAAGAUCUUCAUAGAGCUAUAAAACUAUGUGAGCCCGCUUUAGUGAACGGGGAUCCCACUAUUGUCAAUCUUGGAAACUAUCAAAAGGCAUAUGUUUACAAUUACAAGGCUGGAGGCUGUGCUGCUUUCCUUUCAAAUAAUAACAGAGCUGCUUAUGCAACUGUAAACUUCAGAAAUCAGCGUUACAAUCUUCCUCCUUGGUCUAUAAGCAUCCUCCCGGACUGCAGGAACACAGCUUAUAAUACUGCAAGGGUAGGUGCACAGACCUCACUGAUGCAGAUGACUUCAGCAGGUGGAGGAUUUGCUUGGCAGUCAUUUAAUGAUGAAACGGAAUCAUAUAACGACAAUGCGUAUACAACAGUUGGGUUGUUGGAACAACUUAAUGUCACUAGAGAUUCUUCCGACUAUUUGUGGUACUCGACAGAUGUCAAGGUUGGAUCCAAUGAGGGGUUCUUGAGAAGUGGCAAGUGGCCUACACUUACCGUAUUAUCUGCGGGUCAUGCUUUGCAUGUUUUCAUUAACGGUGAACUAUCAGGAACUGUUUAUGGAAGUCAAAAGAAUCCAAAAUUAACUUUCAAUAAAGCGGUGAAUCUAAGAGCAGGUGUGAACAAGAUUUCACUACUAAGCAUUGCAGUUGGUCUCCCGAAUAUUGGUCCACAUUUUGAGACAUGGAAUGCCGGCGUUCUUGGUCCAGUCACACUCUAUGGCCUCAAUGACGGGAAGCGAGACUUGACUUGGCAAAAAUGGUCUUAUAAGGUCGGGCUUAAAGGUGAAAUUCUAAGUCUUCACUCACUCACGGGUAGUUCAUCUGUCGAAUGGAUUCAAGGUUCUUUGGUGUCUCAAAGGCAACCACUAACAUGGUACAAGACUAUUUUCAAUGCUCCAUCGGGGAACGAACCUUUGGCUUUAGACAUGAGCAGUAUGGGGAAAGGUCAAAUAUGGAUAAAUGGGCAAAGUAUUGGACGUUAUUGGCCUGCUUACAAGGCACGUGGAUCUUGUAGCACUUGUAGUUAUGCUGGCUAUUUUGAUGAGAAUAAAUGCUUAAGUAAAUGCGGUGAAGCUUCACAAAAAUGGUAUCACGUACCUCGGUCUUGGCUAAAACCAAGAGGGAACUUGCUGGUUGUUUUUGAAGAAUUGGGAGGAAUCCCAUAUGGUAUAUCAUUGGUAAAGAGAUCAGUUUACAGUGUGUGUGCUGAUAUAUACGAGUGGCAACCAUCAUUAAUGAAUUAUCAGAUGCAAGCGUCUGGUAAAGUCACUAAACCGUUAAGGCCAAAAGCACACCUUUCGUGCAGCCCGGGUCAAAAGAUAUCUUCGAUCAAAUUUGCUAGCUUUGGCACCCCGUUAGGAGGUUGUGGUUCUUAUAGUGAGGGUAGCUGCCAUGCUCAUAAUUCCUAUGAUGCAUUUAACAAGUUAUGCAUUGGACAACAAUCAUGCACAGUACCUGUAACUCCUGAGAUAUUUGGAGGAGAUCCUUGCCCGAAAGUAAUGAAGAAACUUUCGGUUGAAGCCAUUUGCAGCUGAUGAUUAUUUUAAAAGAUGGAAUGAAAGUUCCGAGAACUUCAAGGCAAUUUGGUUUGAAAGCAUUUUGAGUUUUUAUAUAAUUUAUAUAAAGUUUCAUAUAUUAUUUUGUUACCCGGAAUAGUUCUCACGAAGAUCACGGAAACCAUAUGAUAGGCUUUUUACCAAAGGUGAAGUUGUACAGAUAUGCAGCACACCGUUUUGGUUCAAAAAGUAUUGUCGUAUAUUAAGACUUUGCAAAGGGAUGUAUAUAUAGGUUGCAUCCACCCGGAUGUUAUUACUAGGAAAGCACGUUGAGACUCGUAAUUGAGUCCAUGAGCUUAUGUUUCAUUUUGAUUAUUUGAAUUGAAAUGUAAAAAGCUUCUGGCUUUUGUAUCUUUGUUUACACUACAGAAGCAAUUUGUUAUUGCUUUGCCAUUGUAAAAACACUUCAAGAUGGUAAUAUAUUAAGUUUAUCAAA